AACGGAACUUCACCCCUGGCAGAGUUCCUGGGCAACGCCACCUACUACCCGGGUCUUCGUCACUGGAUUCGCGUCGUGGAGGCAACCGACGAGGCCGGCAAACUAAGGCUCGAGAGACACAUAUGUCACACCCAGAUCGCCGAGUUCCUUGACACCGGAGAGCUCGCCCAUCGGAUCGGCGCCCGACCGUGCCUCUUCCCCAAGAGCGAGUGCCUGAAGAGAUUCGUCGGGCGAAGACAGUGCCAGGAACAGGUCCGCCAUUGUGAUCCUGCUUGGCCUGACCGCACAGACUUCGAGAAAUGCGAGCGAUACUCCCUGAUGGUGGCGUACACAGACUCAAGAAACCGAAUGGCGUAUUACAAGAACCCCCACUGUGCUCGGUGCAACUUCGUCAAUACCUCUGUGGGCGAGAUGCAGUGCCUCCCGCCCGCUCGGUGGUCACAGUGCGGAGACAGCAUGAGGAACUCUCAACCCUCUCUCCCGCCCUGCUUCAGCGUCCUCAUGGACUUCCGGGGCGGCCGCUGCGACGAGGCCACGGAGCUGUGGGAUCCGGUCCUCGAGAUGUGCCACAAGAUCCACUGCGGCCACCUGUUCCGGCUGGUGGGCGGGCGGUGCGAGAGGGACCUCGAGGCCUACGGGUCGCUCUCCAACUCGACCCUCCUGGACAGUGCGUGCCCCAAGAGGCUCCUCAACCUGACGGAGUAUGCGCCCCGAAGCGACGGCUCCAUCUUCGUCAACGCCUCCAAGAAGAUCUACGCCAAGGGGGAGUUCGAGCUCACCAACGACACGCAGGUCCUCGUCUGCCACGACGCGAGCCACUACGCCGACGCCUUCAGCACCGCCCACCAGUACCUGACGCUGGUCGUGCUGAGCGUCUCCCUCGUGGCUCUGGCGCUCCACAUGGCCGUCUUCAUGCUCGUCCCGCGACACAGGAACCUGCCGGGGAAGAACCUGUUCUCGCUCUCGUGCUGCCUCUUCGUCGCCCACGUCCUGUUCCUGGCGGGGACGAGGGAGACGGACGUGUACGGCCUGUGCGUGUUCCUGUCGUGCAGCCUGCACUACUUCUGGCUCGCCUCCUUCUGCUGGAUGAACGUGAUGAGCGUGGACGUGUGUCGCACCUUCAGCAGCCAGCUCUACCGCGGCGACUCCGACGGCGGCCGGACCUUCCUCCUCUACUCGCUCUACGCCUGGACGGUCCCCGCGCUCGUGGUGUCGCUCGCGCUCCUGCUGGACUGGGUCGACCUCCUGCCGGACUACCGGCCGGAGUACGCGACGAGGCUCUGCUGGAUCAACAACCGCCACGGCCUGGCGCUCUUCUUCCUCCUGCCGGUGGGCGCCAUCGUCCAGGAGAACGUCGUGCUCUUCCUCAUCUCCACUUACGGCAUCUACAAGCAGAUGAAGGCGGCGCGCUACGCCAACGUGAGGUCACAGAGCACCAGAGAAGGGCGCGGCGAGAAGGCGCCCAGGAGGAAGUCUGACGCGCUGAGAGACGGCGUUUCGAGGAAGACAGCCCAGCAAGCCCGACGCGCCAGGAAGGACAGAGGGCGACUGAUCCUCUACAUGAAGUUAGGAGUCAUCCAAGGUCUCACGUGGCUCACCGGAUUCAUAGCGGCGUUCGCGGAUAUCCCCGCGUGCUGGUAUCCGUUCACGGUUCUCAACGGCCUGCAGGGAGCAUUUAUCUUCAUCGGUUUCGACAUGAAGCGAAAGGUGGCGGAGGCGGUGUGGGAGGCGGUGACGGGGCGCCCGUGGACCAAGAAGAGCUCCUCUAAGGACACGCGCACGACCACCGUGGGCCACAGCAACAGCCACAACAGGUCGUCAAAAUCGUACAGUGACUCUGACGGCGAAGGCCUGAUCAAAAAUACAAGUGAAGAUCCAUUGGUUCUUGAAAAUACGACUUGGGACAGGACCGUAGGCUUAACCACGCCUUCAGAGGUCAUAUCCAGAGGCAGCUCGGCAGCAACCAAAACCUGGAAGUCGUCAUCGCUCUCCAGUGACUCCCUGCAGCGAGGUCAAAGAGAGCGCGCGACGGGGUCAGGUCGAGGCGGAGCGGAAGUGCUGAGGAACGGUGACCUCUGCGGCGGGGUCGUCCGGGGUCAAUUCGAAGAUGAGGGUCCGCAUCGGCAGGGUGUCAGUCUCUCCCCAGUGGCCUCUGGACCUGGAACGAAGGAACAAUCAACUGAAGAAAUCGUGAAGGAGAAACACCACAACAGCCAACCUGAGGUCAUCCUUCAACCAAGUCCUAGCACAGCCGAGAGUCCAUUGUGAGGGCGAAGGAGGACGGUAUGAGAGGUGCUAGUGUCUGUGAGCGUGUGAGGGGAAACAGAAUCUUGGAUAAGGGGGUAUGAGUGAGGCCUUCAAAGUACUAAUGAGUUUCAUAGUUAGAGUGGGACAUAUGGGUGCUAGGAUGACAGGUGUGGGACAUGAUGAUGGUGUGAUUGUGAACGAGAGCAAACCAGCAGGUGAUUUAUAAUAUGAUAAUUAAAGUGUAUUUUGGUGUUGAAGAUGAGUCCGACCGUGUUGGGACUCGCUGAGACAUGUUAAAUUCCCAGGAAGUGCAAAACAAGACCCAUGAAAUAGACAAAACAAUAGAUAUAUAUAAGGAUUUAAGGAUAUAUAGAAUAGGCUAUACAACUAAUUAUAGUGAAAUUUGUUAGUACGUAGAAUCACACUAGAGCACAAAGUAUGAUGUAUAAAAUGAAAUGCACUUCUCUGUACACACUCUGGAGAUGUGAAACCUAUUUAGUACGCUCUACAUGUUUACAAAAAAGCUUCAUACUAAAGAUAUAUUUGUAAGAACUUGCUUACUUCAAUACUUCACUGAGCAUAUCCCUCUAACUUCUCACUACGUAUGUUAUCACAGGAGUGCAAUGAACUUUGUGUCUGUCACUAAUCUUAAAUAUAUAAAUAUCUGUUUCCAUGUUAAGCUAUAUUCACCAGUGCUAUUUAUCAUUUGCUUCAACAAGUAAACAUUUUACGUUCCAUGUAGGUUUUUCUUAUAAAUAGCAGAUGCAGUAAGCACACAUAAUAUCAUCUAAUCAUUGGAAUGAACUGUUUCUAUAUGUAGGUUACUGAUGUGUAUGUAAACUUGUGAUAUUAUAGAUAUAUAAGGAGAUAUAAUACAUACGGAUAAAUAA